GCUGCGCAAUAGUUAGUUGUGAUAGCCAACAUGGCGAAAAUAGAUCCGUCUCGGUUGCUCGCAGUCGCCACGUGGCUGCUGCUAGCGAUAGGACUGGACGUGGUAGUGACGGCCCUGGCGAGCGGGGGGCAGUGCGCUUGUGGAAUUCGACAAUCGACCAACCAAUCGGUGGUGCCCGGUGAGCAAAUCGAGCCAGGAGAGUGGCCCUGGCAGGUGGGAAUCUACUGGUGGCGCGGCUCAAAGCUCAACCCUCCGGACAGAGUCUGCGAGGGAGCGUUGCUUGAUCCGGACGGGUGGGUGCUUACGGCGGCAAGCUGCCUGAGGGACGCCAAUGGAGUGCUGCUACGGCUGACAGGAAUGGUCGGCCAUGUCGGACUGGUGGCGCUGCAGCAGCGCACGGAAGGAUCCAAGCUGUUUCAGGUGGAGAACGUGACAUUUAACGAUGAACUCGAUUUGGCGCUGGUUCUGUUGAAGGUUGAAGACGAUUGGGAGGGAGUGCCGAUUUGCUUGAGUGCUGAGCCUGAGCCAUGGGACACAUUGUACGGAAAGCCGACUUAUUUACUGCAGCAAAGCCACCGGCACAAAUUGGGGGGAUUCGAAAUUGUCAAACUCGAGCUGGAACAGGAUGUUAUUUGUCAUGGCUCAACGAUGGCAGUGAAAGCGAAGGCAAUUGCAGAUAAUCAUAUUAAAUUGAAAACGAGAGGUAUCAACUAUCACCAGUCAGCUCGGGGAACACCACUUUAUAUGCCCAGACCGGAAGGAUGGACCCUUCUAGGUAUCUCAACGAAGGUGCAGUCAUCCGUUCCAGGGACUCUCUGUCAACCGGGUGAUUACGAGUCCUUCCUGAACGUUAAUCUGCCCACGGUGCACGAAUGGAUCUUCAGUGAAUUCCACGCCGAAACUGACGACAGCGUCGAGACUUCCACCGAAUGAAGUUUAUUCGCCUUUCCGACUCAGUGAUUUACCGGCAUUCAGCCGACGAAAAAAAUAAACAAUAGCCAAACUAAAUUGUACACAUCAGUAAAUAAAAACAAAUAGGAAAUUCUCA